AAGCGGCUCGGGCAGCUGGGAGGCCCCGGCUCCCUCCGGACGCCUGGCCAACGGCGGCGGGGACUAGUCCGCGGCCCUGCUGGGAGAGAAAGCGAAGCGGAGGUCUUCCCCGGCGACGCGGAGAGCAGUAGUUCCAGAGAACUGCUGGUUUAUAUUUUAGCUCUUGCCAAGUUGUGAAAAUAGUGAAGGAUGAUUAGACUACUAAACCUUCAAAUUGCUCUCUGGUUAAUCAUCUUUAGAAGACUGGAUUUCUGGACAUCUACUCUACUCCAUCUCUAUUGACUUUUAAAACAUGAUAACACAAACCUAUAACACUGGCAGUCAUCCAUGAACCUUUAAUUACGUUGAUUAAUAGCAUUUGAAGCUUCCUCAGGGAAUAAACAAUGACAUCAGCAGUGGUUGACAGUGGAGGUUCUAUUUUGGAGCUUUCCAGCAAUGGAGUAGAAAAUCAAGAGGAAAGUGAAAAGGUUUCUGAAUAUCCAGCAGUGAUUGUGGAGCCAGUUCCAAGUGCCAGAUUAGAGCAGGGCUAUGCAGCCCAGGUUCUGGUUUAUGAUGAUGAGACUUAUAUGAUGCAAGAUGUGGCAGAAGAACAAGAAGUUGAGACCGAGAAUGUGGAAACAGUGGAAGCAUCAGUUCAUAGCAGUAAUGCACACUGUACAGAUAAGACCAUUGAAGCUGCUGAAGCCCUGCUUCAUAUGGAAUCUCCUACCUGCUUGAGAGAUUCAAGAAGUCCUGUGGAAGUGUUUGUCCCUCCUUGUGUAUCAACUCCAGAAUUUAUCCAUGCUGCUAUGAGGCCAGAUGUCAUUACAGAAACUGUAGUGGAGGUGUCAACUGAAGAGUCUGAACCAAUGGAUACCUCUCCUAUCCCUACAUCACCGGAUAGUCAUGAACCAAUGAAAAAGAAAAAAGCUCAAAGGGCCUCGCAGAUUAUCAGAUCCACUGCAAUAGUUGGCCGUAAACCAAAGACCCAGCAGUCGCCAAUUUCCAAUGGGUCUCCUGAGUUAGGUAUAAAGAAGAAACCAAGAGAAGGAAAAGGAAACACAACCUAUUUGUGGGAGUUUCUUUUAGAUCUACUUCAAGAUAAAAAUACUUGUCCCCGGUAUAUUAAGUGGACUCAGAGAGAAAAAGGCAUAUUCAAGCUUGUGGAUUCAAAGGCUGUCUCUAAGCUUUGGGGAAAACAUAAGAACAAGCCAGAUAUGAACUAUGAAACUAUGGGACGAGCUUUGAGAUAUUAUUACCAAAGGGGUAUUCUUGCAAAGGUUGAAGGACAGAGGCUUGUAUACCAGUUCAAGGAUAUGCCCAAAAACAUUGUGGUCAUAGAUGAUGACAAAAGUGAAACCUGUAAUGAAGAUUUAGCAUCAGCUACUGAUGAAAAAUCAUUAGAACGAGUGUCACUAUCUGCAGAAAGUCUCUUGAAAGCAGCAACUUCUGUUCGUGGUGGAAAAAACUCAUCUCCUCUUAACUGCUCCAGGGCAGAGAAGGGUGUAGCUAGAGUUGUGAACAUCACUUCCCCUGGUCAUGAUUCUUCAUGCAGGUCUCCUACCACUACCACCUCUGUACCAGCAACGGCAGCUCCAAGGACAGUUCGUGUGGCAAUGCAGGUACCUGUUGUAAUGACAUCAUUGGGUCAGAAAAUUUCAACUGUGGCAGUUCAGUCAGUUAAUGCAGGUGCACCGUUAAUAACCAGCACCAGUCCAACAACAGCAACCUCUCCAAAGGUGGUUAUUCAGACAAUCCCUACUGUGAUGCCUGCCUCUACUGAAAAUGGAGACAAAAUCACCAUGCAGCCUGCCAAAAUUAUCACCAUCCCAGCUACACAACUUGCACAGUGUCAACUGCAGACGAAGUCGAAUCUGACUGGGUCAGGAAGCAUUAACAUUGUCGGAACCCCACUGGCUGUGAGAGCACUUACCCCUGUUUCAAUAGCCCACGGUACACCUGUAAUGAGACUAUCGGUGCCUACUCAGCAGGCAUCUGGCCAGACUCCUCCCCGAGUUAUCAGUGCCGUCAUAAAAGGGCCAGAGGUUAAAUCAGAAGCAGUGGCAAAAAAGCAAGAACAUGAUGUGAAAACUUUGCAGCUGGUACAAGAAGAAAAACCAACAGAUGGAAAUAAGACAGUGACCCACGUAGUGGUUGUCAGUGCGCCUUCAGCUAUUGCCCUUCCUGUAACUAUGAAAACGGAAGGACUGGUAACAUGUGAGAAAUAAAGCAGCAGCUUGCCCAUGGACUUUUGAAUGUUAGUGAUAGUACUAAGUAUUGGCAAGGAUGUCAUCAAGAGAAGUCAAAAGACUUUAAAACAUUUUUAAUGCAUAUAAGAAAACAAUCAAACUUACUGGAAAUAAAUUACCUAUCCCAUGUUUCAGUGGGAGAUGAACUACAUAUUGAGAUGCUGACAGAAAACUGCCUCUUACAGUAGGAAACAACUGAACCCGUCAAUAAGAAAAAGGAUUGAAAGGGACCAAGCAACUCACUACAAUAUCAAGUUACACUAAGACUUGGAACACUAACAUUCUGUAAGAGGCUAUAUGGUUUUCAGUGGGGCGGGGUUGGGAUGGGUGAUCUCAUUGUUACAUAUAGCAAUUUUUGAUGCAUUUUAUAUGCAUACCAGCAAUUAUUACUGUGUUCACACAGAACUCACUUAACUGGUGCUAUGUGAAGACUGCUAAUAUAGGUAUUUUAGAAUGUGAAUUGAAGAAUGGAUCCAAAAGCUUCAAAAGAGGAUAGCAAAAAAGAUCUAGUGUGAUUUUUUUUUUAAUAUCAUAUAGCUUAAGCUGAUUUAAAACAAAGGCCUUAGACUAAUUUUCGGUUUUCUUUAUUGAAAUAAGCUAACAGCUUGUUUGUGUAAAGCUUUUUUAUUAAAAGAAAAAUUUUAAAAAUCUUGUACCUAGCACAGUAUUGUUAUAGAAUUUACAUGUAACAUUUUAUAUGGUAGUUUAAGUCUGUCAGUUUCUUAAUUGUGGACAAAUUAACAGUUGGCUCUGGCCUUUUGCUGUAACAUGCCUGUGUCAUUCACUUAGCCCUGGCAGGCAUAGCAGUUUCAGUUCUACUGUCACUUGGAAGUUAAGGCUCAGCAUGAAUUUUUGUCAGGUAGCUCUAAUACCUGGAGUUUUCUUUCUUCCUUCCUUCUUCUUUUUUUUUUUUUUUUUUAGUUGAAGUUUAAGAGGGAAAGUACCAGUGUUCAGAUUUGAACUAUAAUAGUUUGUAUAUUCAACAUUUGAAGUAUAUUCUAUUUUGUUGUACUCUUGUUUCAAAGUGUAUUCAAGUAGGUUUUCUGAAAUAUAGAAAUGAAAUUUAUCUUGUGUUUUGGUCUCUGGUGAUAUUUAUAACAAUAUUCCAAGGUUAGUACAGACACAUUGCUUUAGUUAAGGAGUAAUAGAAGUCCUUUUUCUCCUUGCCACCCACUGGCAUGAAGAAAUUCUUCUGUUUUGCUCCAUUACAUUUAUAUUUGGCAGAUAAUCUGCAUGUCUCCACUUCCUUACUAAUUACUGUCUACCUACCUUAAUGAAUUUACUGUUUUAAUGUUAGCCACACUUAAUUUAUAUUUCAAAUCAGACCAUUUGUUUCUCAAGCAGACCUUUUGAGGGUGAGGAAGAACAAAUAAUACCUGCUAACCCUUUUACAAAUUAGAAAGUGGAGGGACCAGAGGGAUUAAACGGGUUUCCUAGUUUCACACCGAACUAGGUCCUCUGACUCCACAUUUUAAUGCUCUUUCUACUGCAAAGAGAAGUUGUCUAUUUUCACUUCUUCUAGAAAUUUAAAUAAACUGAUACUGCAUAUUUGGUGGCUGUUAAUUGUGCAUUUGGUCAGAGACUACUUAGGUCUAUAACAGCUCCCUUUGUAAUCUAUCUUUUCUGUAAACACACUUGAUGAUACUUUUAAAUAAAAGCUCAAAGGAAAACUCA